CGGGCGGCCCUUUGUCCUGCCGGGCGCCAGGCGGGGGCCGCUGGUUCCUGAUUGGCAUCGUCAGCUGGGGGGCGGGCUGCGGCAGACCCAACCUUCCCGGGGUCUACACCAGGAGCUAAACCAGAGCCAUGAGGACUCUCCCCAAAAGUCGAAGCUGCCAGGUGUACUGCGUUUUCGGGCGUGGACGGAAGGACCCCGCCCAGCCUGAAGAAGAGGAGGCCCCCCCUGCAGGUGUCACCUGGAGGAGAUGGACGUCCGCUCUCCUGCCUGUCUUCUCCUGCGCCGCCGUCAUGGCGUUCGCCGUCCACUACUUGGCGUCCCCGCCCUCCUGCGUCUUCUUCCUGGGAUGCAGCGUGGAGUUCCCCAACCUGAGCUUCUCCUCGGAGCUGGCCGACUGCUCCUCGCCGCAGUUCCACCUGCAGGCUCAGGCUUUGAACCGUUACUUGGCCGAGGUCUACAAGUCCUCUCCGUGGAGCUCCUACUACCUGCGCUCAGGGAUUACCGCCUUCAGUGAAGGAGCAUUGGGCCUCAACGUCUUCUACUGGAGCCAAUUCUACGCACCGCGUCACGUUGCCACGGCGAUCAGGAGGUCCAGCCCGGAGAGGCUUCAGCGCCGACUUCCCGGCAGCACCAAGGUGCUGUGGGACGGCCGACACGAGCAGCGGUACUACUUGGAGAAAGAUGACCUCACGCUGCAACUAUUGGGGUUAGACCCUGACGACUAUGAAUCAGAGGAGAAAUCCGACAAGAUAAAGAACCCACAAAGUCUCCAGGGCGGGAAGUGGCAACUGGGCUUCCAAGCGAUGUCCUUCGACCUGUACGCUAAACACGGCGUCAACCGCACCCUGAGCCUGGUGGCGCCCAAGAAGCUGUACUAUCAGUGGCGUCUCCGCGUGCCGCCGGGUCAUGUGGUGCGGCUGCUGGUCCUCGCCCUGCAGGGAGCGGCGCCGGGAAGCUGCGGCGCUCACAAGCUGUCGGCCUACGACUUCCUGCUUCCCUUGCAAAACAAGAUCCUCGCCAGGUGGUGCGGGCAGGGCUCGCCCGGCGCCGUGAGCCUGACCUCUUCCGGGAACGUCAUGUUGGUCACCUUGUCCUUCAGCCGACAGAGGGAGGGCGCCAUCUUUAAAGCUUACUUCCAGGCCGUCCCCAAAGCAGCUUGCGGAGGCUCGCUUUCCUCCUGGAAUGGCUCGAUUUCCUCCCCGCACCACCCUUCUUACUACCCUCCUAAUGUCGACUGCAGUUGGACGCUACGAGCACCGUUGCCUGGAUACCUGAUCUCCAUGACGAUGGUGACGGUGGACAUCCAGGGGUCGGCGGAUGGCUGCGAGAAGGACUGGCUGGACGUUGGUGGAGUCAAGCUGUGCAACCCGGUGUCAGACAGCAGCAAGAGGCGGAUCUACUCGUCUCCGCUUUCCAUCCACUUCCACUCGGACGAAUCUGUAACCCACAAAGGUUUCCACCUGCUCUACAGGGCUUUCUCUCCGGAAGGCUUGUGUCCUCGUCAGUUUCGCUGUGGAGACGGGCGCUGUGUCCCUUUAAGAAAAGUGUGUGACGGAGUGCGAGACUGCCCAGAUGGACGUGAUGAGGCCAAAUGCUCGGCGUGCAGGCCUGGCGAGGUGAUGUGCGCUAAUGGACGCUGUCAGCCUCACGGCAGCCAUUGUUCCAGCUUGUGUGCCGACAGCAGCGAGGAGCGCAGCUGCAGAAGUCAGUGCUACCACACCUGUCCCAACAAAGCGUGCCUGGCCAAGUCUUCGGUGUGCGACGGCGUGGUGGACUGCAAAGACCGCAGCGAUGAGAAGAACUGUACCAGAGCCUACCUCAAAGGCUGCUCCUCAUCCUCGUACAAAUGUGCCAACCAGAAAUGUGUCAGCAAGGUCAACCCCGAGUGUGACGGCAUCAAGGACUGCCUCGACGGGUCUGAUGAAGUGCGAUGCGGCUGCGGCGUCCGCCCCAGGAGGCGUGCCAAGAUAGUGGGCGGCACGGACGCGGGUGCGGGCUCCUGGCCGUGGCAGGUGAGCCUUCAGAUGGAGCGCUACGGUCACGUCUGCGGCGCCACGCUGCUCGCCGGCCGCUGGCUGGUGUCGGCCGCUCACUGCUUCCAGGACUCCGACGCCGUCAAGUACUCAGACCCACGGGCAUGGCGGGCAUUCAUGGGGAUGCGCGUGAUGAGCGCCGGGGUCAGCGGCGUCGCCACCAGGCCCGUCCGCCGCAUCCUGCCUCACCCCAAGUACGAGCAGCUCACCUCCGAUUACGACAUCGCCCUCCUGGAGCUGGGCGCCCCCGUCUUCUUCAACGACCUGGUGCAGCCCGUGUGCGUGCCCGCCCCCUCGCACGCCUUCGCCAUCGGGGCCAGCUGCUACGUCACGGGCUGGGGCGUCCUGGCGGAGGAAGGCGAGCUGGCCACGCGCCUGCAGGAAGCGUCCGUGAGGAUAAUCAACAGAAACACCUGCAACAAGAUGUACGAUGACGCCGUCACUCCCAGAAUGCUUUGUGCUGGGACCCUGCAGGGGGGCGUGGACGCCUGUCAAGGUGACUCUGGGGGUCCGCUGGUGUGCCUGGAGCGGGGCAGGCGCUGGUUCCUGGCGGGCAUCGUGAGCUGGGGCGAAGGCUGCGCCAGGCAGAACCGGCCGGGCGUGUACACGCAGGUGGUGAAGUUCACCGACUGGAUCCAUCAGCAGACCCGGGGACAGGUGUGACGCGUGUGUGUCGUCAGUCCAGUGAUCGCCGCGUCAGGAAACGGAAGGCGAGGUUUUUUUAGGCGGUGAAGUGGACUCUGACACACGGAGACUUUGACUUUGCCCAUCAAUGCACAAGGAAAUUCCACCUCGUUACAAAAUAAAGGCAACAUUUCCCAUCAGAUCUUCAUACAAAUCCUCACUUUUAGCUUUCUUUCACGCAGCUAGGGACAUCUCUCUUAAUUUUCUUUAAUUCUAUGUUUACCAGCUCUGCGAUGAAAUGGCGACUCGUCCAGGGUGUACCCCGCCUUUCGCCCGAUUGUCGCUAAUAUAGGGACCAGCAACCCCAAAGGGAAUAAGCGGUAUGAAAUGGAUGGAUGGAUGUAUGUUUACCAACUAAUCAUGUGAUUUCGCCCAGCCAAUCAACAACCAAAGUUAAUAUCAUUCUUGAUUUUAUUUUAUGGUUUUUAUUUAAGGGCAAAUAUCUACACUUUUUUUUUUGUUUCAAUGAAAUCUUUUGGACACUGAAUUUAUGUAACUUAUUUUUUUGUGAUCUGAUUUUUUUUUUUUAGUACAUCAAAUUAUGCUGACAAUUUUAUGGAAUAAAAAUGUGAGAGCAACAUGCAUGUUUGUUAAAAAAUAUAGUGUUUUCAAAUUUAGUGUGUAAAAAAAUAUAGUGCUUCAAAAGAAAUAACUUAAAACCAAAGCACAAUAUUGCCUGGUUCUGAGACAGGAUGAAUUGCUUUAGUCUUUUAAUAAUUUACCAGAUAUGAGUCUUGAGUUGUGAAGUGACAAAUUUGUAUGCACUAUUUCUUCACACUGAAUUUCUAUACAAAUAUUUUUUCCAUCCAUCCAUCCAUUUUCUACCGCUUGGGGUCGCGGGGGGCGCUGUAGCCCAUCUCAGCUACAAUCGGGCGGAAGGCAGAGUACACCCUGGACAAGUCGCCAUCUCAACGCAGGGCCAACACAGAUAGACAGACAACAUUCACACUCACAUUCACACACUAGGGCCAAUUUAGUGUUGCCAAUCAACCUAUCCCCAGGUGCAUGUUUUUGGAGGUGGGAGGAAGCCACGCAUUCACGGGGAGAACAUGCAAACUCCACAGAGAAAGAUCCCGAGCCCGGGAUUGAACCCACGACUACACAGGACCUUCGUAUUGUGAGGCAGAGGCACUAACCCCUCUCCCAACGUGCUGCCCCACAUAUAUAUUUUUGUAUAUACAAUUUUUUUUAAAUUAAAUUUUCAGCAUCAUUUAAUGUAACAAAAAUUAAGUGAACCAAAUUUAAAUGCAAAUAAAUUCAGUGUCCAAAAUA